GACCGGCCCUUUGAUUGGCAGUGCUGAAGACCAAUCGGAUGCGCCGAGCAGGAAGCGGCCGCGGCGCCCGACCGGGAGCCGGAGUUGGAGGCCGGGGCCGGGCUGGGGUCUGCGGCGGGGCCGAUUCAUCUUGAAGGAACAUGGCCCUGCUGCCUCACUGAGUGGCUGGAAGCAGUGGCUCAUCGUCUGUGGUGGCCACCCCAAGCCAGGGCAGGGAAGGGGAGCAGCAGGACUCCGCUGUGCUUCCCUGAACUUGCCCAUGGGAUGGAUGGCAGGGAGCAGUACCAAACGUUGGUUCCAGCAGAGUCCGUGUCUCUUCUUUAAAGAGAACUUCCAGCAUCAAGAAAGCUGAAAAGCAAAGAAAAAACCCCAAAAUGGAAGGAGGAAACAGCCCCGGUCUGCAGCUCCAGCAGCUCCCACUGGCCACAGCAGCAGUUUCUGUGCAGCCACACACAGACUCCUUCUCCUACAAGGAGAACUUGAUUGGGGCACUUCUGGCUAUUUUUGGGCACCUUGUCAGCAGCAUCGCCCUCAACCUCCAGAAAUACAGCCACAUCAGGCUGGCAGGCUCCAAGGACCCCCGGGCCUACUUCAGAACCAAGACCUGGUGGAGUGGGUUCCUGCUGCUGCUGCUGGGGGAGCUGGGAGUGUUCUCCUCCUACGCCUUUGCUCCUCUCUCCCUGAUUGUGCCCCUCAGUGCAGUGUCUGUUGUGGCUAGUGCAAUCAUAGGAAUUAUAUUUAUUAAAGAAAAAUGGAAGCCCAAGGAAUUUUUGAGGCGCUACGUGCUGUCCUUCGUAGGCUGUGGCCUGGCAGUUGUUGGCACUUACCUGCUGGUGACAUUUGGACCCAACAGCCACGAGAAGAUGACAGCAGAAAACAUCACCAGGCAUUUAGUGAGCUGGCCAUUCCUGCUGUACAUGCUUGUGGAGAUCAUUGUGUUCUGUCUGCUCCUGUAUUUUUACAAGGAGAGAAAUGCAAACUACAUUGUCAUUAUUCUCCUGCUGGUGGCUUUGCUGGGUUCCAUGACCGUGGUGACAGUGAAGGCUGUGGCUGGGAUGAUCCUGGUGUCCAUCCAGGGCACCCUGCAGCUGGACUCGCCCAUCUUCUACAUCAUGUUGGUGUGCAUGGCUGCCACGGCCAUCUACCAGGCCACGUUUUUAGCUCAAGCCUCCCAGCUCUAUGACUCAGCUCAGAUCUCCAGCAUUGGCUACAUCCUAUCCACCACAGCAGCAAUCUCAGCAGGAGCAACUUUUUACCUGGACUUCAUGGGUGAAGAUGUGCUCCACAUUUGUAUGUUUGCACUGGGGUGCCUCAUAGCAUUCCUGGGAGUCUUCCUGAUCACAAGGAAUAGGAAGAAGCCUGUCCCCUUCGAGCCCUACAUCUCAAUGGAUGCCAUGCCAGGCAUGCAGAACAUGCACGACAAAGGGAUUGCAGUGCAGCCUGACCUCAAAGCCUCUUUCUCCUACGGUGCCCUGGAGAACAACGACAGCAUGCCAGAAAUCUACACCCCAGCCACGCUGCCCAUCGUGCAGGAGCAGCACGGCCCCAAGGGAGUCUCUGCCCCUCCCUACAGGGUGCUGGAGCACAGCAAGAAGGAGUGAGUGACCUUCAGGGACUCACGGGACUCGUCAGGAGGUUGACCUUUAUUUAUUUACCUGUUCAAACAGAAGCGAGCGUCAAGCCGACCUUGAGAAGAGUUUCAAGCUCAUCUCGAGCUGAACUUUCCAGGCUGAUUAUUAAAAUAAACAACUUUUUCUAGUUGGGAAGUUGAAAGCACUUGGCAGGAAGCAGAUCCCAGUUCUGCAUGGAAUUCUGCUGGCUGGGAGUGUGGAAUGAUGGACUGGUGAGUGCAGCACUGUGGAACUGAUGGGAGAGGAGAUGCUGUGGAAGUGACUGUGCAGUUUUCAGCCCUGCUGGGAGUGGUUUUAUCUCCAGACAAGUUUUUAGGAGCUGCUCACAGAGAGAGGAGGACAGGAUUUAAUCUUUCAUUUACAGGGACUGUGACAGAUUUCCAGGAAGGCUCUAAAUCCUGGUGUGAGCAUGGAGCUCCCCUGACAUGGCAAUAAAUGGAAUUGUUUUGAAGCACCAACACUGGAACUCACUGUGUCUUUAGAGCAGCAGAACUGGUGAGAGUGAACACUUUAUCCCUGCAAACCACCAAUUUUGGGCACUUCUGUUCUGGUGUUGAACACGAGCACUGAGGAUGGGGGUUGUUUUUAGGGCACCACUGGAUUAUAUGGCUUAGAAUUUUCUGAUUUCAUAGCAGGAGCUUCAAGUUGGAUUAAAUGGUGCAGAGGCAGCACUAUAAAGGAUGAGGACAAGGAGAAAUGAGAAUGAUGUGACUGUAUCUGGUGGGAAAUUUAUGUAAUUUUGGACAAAAUCUGAAUUCUUUAUCAUGUUUAUUUAUUUUCUUUCUGAUUGAGGCAGGAUUUCCAACUCUAGUGGUCCCAACUCCUUAAAGGUGUUGAAGUUGCUUAGUUCAAAAGCUCAGAUUAGGUGAUGUAAGCUGGGGUCCUCCCCCUUUUUUUCUUUUAAAAAAAGGAAAAACAAUACUUGUCUACUAUUGUGGAUGACCUAAGGAGAGAAGUUGCCCAGCACUCACUGAGGCCUGUGAGGAUAAUGGAGCUUUGUGUACUUUGAUAUUUGUCUUUCCAGCUUCCAGGAGAUGGCCAGGAGCUGAUACUGAGGGAGAAU